AUGCCCAACAACUUGCAGCAUCUCCGCCGGCACCGUCAAUCUAUUCUACUGGCCAUCCGACGACAAAGUUUAUCCCUCCACAUAUGUCAACACGCAUCUCAACUGGACAUUUACUUCCCCAUCCGUAUAUAUGGUCAUCGACACCAUCUACGGCUACAAUACUGCAGGCCGCGCUGGACCGUCUGGCACCAGCGUCGUCUUCCCCUUGGAUCUAGACCAGGUCUCGACCAUCAUUCCCGAGGGAUCGAUCACACAGCAGUUGACCCUGGGUGA